CGGGCGAGCUUUUUCUUGACAAUAGCCCAUGUUGUUCGGAGCUGCCUGGACAUUUCCUGAAGCUGCUGCUUUUCGUUUAGGAGAUGCCACCACUCGGAUGCAAGACGUAGGGUAGCCGCGAAGCUCAAAUCCGUAAAUUUAUUGUAUGCAAAUUGAUCAUGCACCAUGCAGGUGGUCUCUGCCCUAACCGGUGGUUGUUUAGGCGACUUGCCACUUGCUAAGCAAAGUGGACCUUCGACUCCAGCACGGCCGCUCUGCGAGUUUCAUUUGGCCGGGACAUGUCGCCGGGGCUCUCGGUGCCACAAUCCUCACUCGGAUGGAAGAAAGGGCAUCCCGUGCCAGUUUGCAGCCGCUGGCCAAUGUCGAGAAGGGACCAGUUGUCACUUUUUGCACUCGGCCAGCUCCCAAGUUGAAACUGCUGGGCGCGGACUGGGCCAGCCUCCACCCACCCAGCAUGCAGCCGCGUCAAGUGGAGGACCAAGAGCACAGUUUCCGGCUGCACAGGCGCAAGGGCAGAACGACCUUGAAGAGAAUGAGCUUGGUCAAGGUUGUCAAGCUUACGCCUUUGAUUGCGAAUUUGUCACUGUGGAGCUCAAGAAUGAACACGGUGAGAUGGUGCAACACAAGGUUCCAGUGUCAGUGGGCAUUGUCGACCGCCAUUUGGAGACCAUGUUGUACUGUCGAAUUCGCACACCACGGGGGGCUGUGGUUGUAGAUGAUUCAUUUGCUCGAAAUGCCAGCAACAUUGAAUCCAACUGGUCUUUAGGCAUGGAAUUAAAUAGCAUCACGGCUCUCGUUCGCCAGUUGGUUGAACCAACCAAAACGGGAGAGAGAGCAGCUUUGGUGGGUUGGGCAUUGGCGAAUGACAUGGCAGCGCUAGGCUUUACCAAGGCUGCUGCAGAUCUUGAGGCCGGGCGGCGAAAGGUCUCGCUGGAUGUGAAUGACAGUUUGGUUCCAUAUUGGUCAGCCCAUUCCAUCACAUGCCAUGUGGUGGAGCUGCAGGAUUUCUAUCGCAGCCGGAAAUGGGACAACCAAGUUCGUUUGGCCGAAGCGUUCCACUGCACCUUUCGACGUUUGCUCGAAGCCCAUGACUCAGUGGCGGACGCCAAGAUGACCAUGGAGCUUUUCCUGCAUUGGGAGCAGAGUCAUGCGAGGAGGCCGCAGAUCUAUGGCUUGAGUUCUGAAGCUCCCAAGAGCCACCCUCUACUGGAUCAUAGUAUGCGGAAAGAGGUGGCAGAGGUGGCAGGGCUGCAGCAGAAGGGCUACAGGCUGGAAAUCUUAGAAGAAAGUCACCAGGAUGGGGACACCUUCUUGUUGGUGAAAGCGUGUGCCGCUGAUCCAACUCAACCUGACUUGAAGGGUUGGGUAUCAUUUUCCAAAGGUCGCAGUGUGUUCUUGAAAAUCCAGCGGCCCUUUGCCCUGGAGCUCUACUUUUACAUGGUCCGCUUUGAUGGCUUCAGCAGCACGGAUCGCACCAUCAUCAAUGAAGUCAUUCUGCAAGUUUUGCGGCACAGAGCCGAGACCGACUUCGCUGGGCACCCAGGCGACAUCAAAGAGCAGAUGGGCACGGAUGGGCACCAAGGACGGCCACCAGCGUCUGGGCCUUACUAUCAGUUGAGAUUUCGGCAGCAGCACCGGCGCGCGUCGUUUUGGAAAGGAGUUCAUGACCGCAUUAAAGCCCACAGGGGCAACGCUGUGUGGGACCAGGGGGGCGCCUGGUCAGCAACCUUCAGUGUGAACGAUGAGAGUGUCCUGAAGGUUCAGUUAGUGCAACCGGUGCAGAUCAUUUUCAAGGCUCAGUUCUGGGCAGAAGCACGCUGAUUGCCAGAACUGGAAAGGUGAUCGUGCUGGUUGCAAUGAGGAAAUACGUGUUCGUGUGGGUGAAGACAGGCCCAGUUGUAUAGGUGUGGCAGAGCCCAACGACAUCACACUGACAAAGCAGUACCUUGCGCAUUGCGAACAAUUCUGUGUAAUCAACCUAUGCAUGUUCAAUCCAAGGUCCUGGGUCGUGUAGAUGGGGAAGCAUGGGUGCCCGACAAAAGCCUCAAUCAGGGUUUGGACAACCGAGCAGAAAGUGCAUACCGUAUCCCCACACCUCCCCAUGAGUCGGGCUGCAGUGGUGGGACUUGGCUGCCAGUGUGGGCUAGAGACUGCCACGUGGGCGGUCGGCAGUGGCCAAGGACUUUGCAAUUUGAUUCGCAGCGGCCACAUGUUUCACAGAGCAGAGCAAGCUGUUUGAAGCAUGCGACUCGUAGAAGGC